AAACAACAAUAAUCAUGCAGUAAAAAUAUGUUGACUGCUCGAUUUAAUAAGGUUAUCAAUAAUUUAAUAAAGGAAAACUUGCCAUACCUAUCUACAUUAAAUUAAAUUCUUCACAGUGAUUUUCAACCAUACAAGAUGAAGUGCCUUCAAGGUUUUAUAUUACUGAUAACUACAGUAUUUUUAACAAAUGCCACCACAACUCCCUCUGUAGUUAUAAUAGGUGCUGGAACUUCAGGCCUAUCAGCAGCUAAAAAACUCCUAGAAAAUGGCAUCCACAACAUAACCAUUCUAGAAGCAGAAUCUAGAAUUGGAGGUAGAAUUAACAGCGUGUUUUUUGGAGACAAUUACAUCGACCUUGGUGCAACCUUUUGCCAUGGAGAAAAGGGCAAUAUUGUAUAUAACACCGUUAAAGAUUUAAAUCUGCUGGGAGAAGGAAAGAUACCCAAAAAGUUUUAUCAUUCCUCUGGAGUCAAGGUAGAUCCAAAGUUUGGAGAGGAAUUAAUUGAAAUUAUUCUUACGAUUUAUCCAGACGUAGAUGAGUCUGCCAAAAAUAUGACUUAUGGAGAUUAUAUUAAAAAAUACUAUAACAAAGCAAUAAACGAGAAAUUCGGAGCGGACAAAGAAAAAUUAAAAAUAGCUGAAGACGCUAUAAACUUUAUCGAAAUCAUGAUGCUAAGUAACGAGGGCAGCAGUACAUGGUUCGAGAUUAACCUAGGUGACGACUACAUAGAAAACGAAGGUAAUCCUAUGUUAAACUGGAAAGGCAAAGGAUACAAGACCUUCCUAGAAGUAUUUUUCAACAAUUCAGGUGUUCAAGAAAAAGUAAUUCUCAACAAAGAAGUCAAAAAAGUGUCUUACGAUGCUAGCAAGAAAUGGCAGGGUGUGACGGUUUCUUGUUCUGAUAAUACUCAGUUUGUAACCGAUCAUGUAAUAGUUACGACAUCUUUAGGGGUGUUAAAAGAAAAUAUGAACAGCUUAUUUGAACCUGAGUUACCUUUAGUCAAAAGGAAAGCCAUAAAAAAUAUGGGAUUUGGCGUUAUCAUGAAAGUUGCUAUGUAUUAUGAAAAUCCUUGGUGGGACGACAGUUCUAAUGGUUUUAAUUUUAUUUGGAGCACAGAAGACAGGGAGAAUUCUGUUUCUGAGUUUCCAGAGGGACCUCAUUACAAUAACCGUUCUUGGAUUACGUACAUAAGUGGCUUUUUGAAGGCAGAUGAAAAUCCAAAUGUAUUAAUAGGCUGGUUUGCAGGAAAUUUAAUACCAGAAAUUGAACUAAUAUCCGAUGAGACUCUGUCAAACGGUUUAACUUACCUUACCAACAAAUUCUUAGGGCAUGCCUACAAUGUAACGAAACCUAACAAAAUAAUUCAUUCGAAAUGGCGCGCUAAUCCUCAUUUUAGAGGAUCAUAUUCUUUCCAAAAACCCGAAGCUAUGAAAGGAGAUAAUCCAACUAACGCUGAAGAAGAUUUGUCGGUACCAAUCAAAAACGUCGAUGGACGACCAUUUGUGCAUUUUGCUGGAGAGGCUACUCAUCCUUAUUAUUUUUCAAACGUGCAAGGAGCCACAGAAAGCGGUUUGAGAGAGGCUGAAAUUAUUAAACACUAUUAUGAAUGAAACAUUUUUGUUUUUGAGUAAAUAAAUAUCUGGUGUAUCCAACAUAUAACUUUGACAAAUUUAACCAUUGACCAAAAAUCAAAAUCGUUCAAUAAAUAUAUUUUUACGUUGACAAUAAAUAAAUUAUUGUACGAUAACCUUUGCAGUGAAAAUCUUAGACUAGGCAAUUACCUAGU